AUGAAGCCACUUUCGUCUACUGAACCCUUUCGCUUAUCUCAGACGUUCAGCCAGACAGACAGCCAGCCCGUCGUAUCCCCGCGACUACCUCUAGAACCGCAUAUGUCGUCCACGGUCGAAGAUGCGCGUUUGCGGAACCUGAACAAGCGCGUGAAGCUCCAGUCGAAGCGGCUGCGCCAUCUCUGGCCUCGGAUCGUUGCGUUCCUCGGGCCUCUGGACGUGGUGGUCGUGGGCUCGACGUGUCGCCAGCUGCACCGACUGCUGGACAGUGACCGCGUAUGGCAGGCGCGUUAUGACAGAGUGGUCCAAGAUCAGGUGACGAGGCUGCUCGUCCCGCACCUCGAGACGCGGUUUGACGCCGACUUGCCAGUGAAAGAGAAGCUUCGACGCGUGAUUCGUGCUCGUCGUGUACAUGACCCUGCAAAUGUGUUGCAGCGGCGGUUGCGUGAAGCCGAGCGGAAAGCGUUUCGUGCUAAGCUACAGCAGCGCACGAUGCGAAAUGUGGUGUGGAUGAAUGUGCCGCUAGUGUUGGCAGUGUGCUGUCUGAGCGUAUGGAGCUACACCACCGCAACGUCAAAAAGCGACUAUUUGUCCAAGACUACUGCAACUCAGCUUCGUGGUGCUGGUCAUGGCUCUUCUGCCCGGGUGUACCCUGUGAAGAAGUUUGUGCUUGUCACAGACCUGUUACUAUUGAUAGCAGUGAUGGUGUUAAGCGUUGGUGACCUGGUGGGUAAAGCGCUGUAUACUGUCGGCAUGCUACUAGCGAUGGAGACAGUUAUAAUGCUGGUUGAGAUUGUGGCGUGGUCGUCGCCAGUCCAAGUCGCACAUGCUUUCCUGGUGCUUUUAGCUCUGAUUUUCAAUGCCGUGCUAGCCGCCAAAGAGAAGAAAGAUUACGCUCGCAAGCUGGCAGCAUUUCUGCCAUCCUAUGAAUCCAAAAGAUAG